UCCCCUCCCUGGUUGUGUCUGAAGGCGAGCAACUCCGCCUCCGUCGGUCUUGGAGGUGCGGAUGCCCGUCUCCCCGCUGGGGGCUCGGGGCUCCCCUCGCCAUGGCUUUCACCUUCGCUGCUUUCUGCUACAUGCUGUCUCUCGUCCUUUGCGCCGCGCUCAUCUUCUUCGCCAUCUGGCAUAUAAUCGCCUUUGAUGAGCUACGGACGGACUUCAAAAGCCCAAUAGAUCAGUGCAACCCAGCCCACGCAAGAGAGCGGCUGAGAAAUAUUGAACGUAUUUGCUUCCUCCUGCGAAAGCUGGUGUUGCCGGAGUACUCCAUCCAUAGCCUUUUCUGCAUAAUGUUUUUGUGUGCUCAGGAAUGGCUCACGCUGGGCUUAAAUGUUCCUCUGCUUUUUUAUCACUUCUGGAGGUAUUUUCGCUGCCCAGCAGAUAGUUCAGAACUCGCUUAUGAUCCACCUGCAGUCAUGAAUGCUGAUACCUUGAGUUACUGUCAGAAAGAGGCCUGGUGUAAGCUAGCUUUCUAUCUCCUUUCUUUCUUCUACUAUCUUUACUGCAUGAUCUACACUUUGGUGAGCUCUUAACUAAAAGAACAUCAUUAAAGACUGAAAACAACAAAAGCUGUGGAGGUGCAAGGAGUGAGCCAAGUGAUGCAUGAUUCAAAGAUAAAUAAGUAAAUGAAAAUUAAAGAGAGGAAAACUUUGAACCCAAGAAGUAAAUAGAGUAUGUGACAGAGACACCAAGCAGAAGCAGAGUACCAUGAAGAAUGGCUGAGUUAGCUGUUUAUCUCCUGUCUCUGUGUGUUGCAGCAAAUGACUUUCAAAACCCAAGGGAAACAAAAAAAAAUGCAACCAAAUAGACCGAGUUACAGAACUGUUUUCCUCUUCAAGGAUAAUGCUGCUCAGCUAAGUGGAUUCAUCAUAAACCGUAGUCCCUACUGUCUUCCAAGGAGCAAAGUUUCUUUUUUCUUUUUUAAUGAUUGUUCUGUUCUGAGGAAGCGGAGGACAAGAUCAUCGUAAAUAGCAGGAACAUUUACACAAUACGUCAUGAAAAUGAGCACUAACUGGGGCUCAGACAAGAUGUGUGACUGUUCUGCAGGGGUGUUCAUGUGACACUUAUCAAAAAGGGUGUUGGAUCUUGGGGAAUUGCUUUCUGUGGCUUUUUUUCCCCACUCCUCUUUAACAAUAACAACAAAAUUAUUUAGAAAUUGCGGUGUUCUGUUUUUUAAUGACAUGUUAUUACUGUAGACAAACAUCCAGUAUGUUUCUGUACUUCAUUUGUGAUGCAUCAAUAACAUAGUGAUAAGUAUAAAUACAUUGGAAUCGGCCUAGCCAUUAUCAAGCAGAGUAGUGUUCCUCUGACUGCAAGAAAGACUGGUAAGAACUAUGUAAGUUAAGAGGAUUGUAAUAUAGAUAUUACAUUCAUUAGAAUUCUGGACAGUGAAAUACCAGACCAGAUUGUGGUCUGAAAUUCUAUUGUGCAAUUUCAUUUCUGCUGUCAAAUUUAUGCUGAAAGCCACAAAAUGUUUUUGUUCCGUAUGAGGUGGGUAUUUAAGUUGUUCAGUUCUUUUUAUAACUUAAAAGAAUUUUUAUUAUUUUAUCGUAUAACUAAUAUUUAAUUUUAUACAUAUGAGCUGUGAAUCUUCAUAUAUAUGUAU